UUUUCCUGCGCUCAUAUCACUACGUCCUUGAUCAUCUUUUUUGCUCCCCUCCCUCCAUCUCCAUCUGUCUCCCAUCCUUUAGCGCUGGGUAUCACAAGAGCCGUACAAAUUACCUUUUCGGCUUUGUCUUCCCGAGCGCUCAGGCGGGAUCUCGUUUCGUUUGGGUUUUCCUUUCCCUUUUCUCACUCUUUUUCGCGUUCAUUUUUCCAGACGCGUUCUUUCACGUGGCGAUCACGUGCCCCCAAACGUUUCGAGCCCCCCGCCUCUGGCAAAACACCCACUGAGAUUAAGCACGGUAUUAGCCACACUAAUACCUUAAAGACCUCUUUAUCCUUUCCUCUUUCCUCUCUCUUGGCCUCUAAAAGAGCCUAUCUUAUCAACUUCUUUUUUGGGAGACUAUCAUUCGGUUACCUGUGUGGACGCAACUGUCAUGAUAUACAGAGAUCGGACAUGAUCUGUUUUACUCAAUAUGUCAAGCCUAAGGUACGCGAUCACUGUAGGCGGUCCUGAAUUUACGGCACUCGAGAAAUAAAAACCCCUGCAGUGAGUGUGGGUGUAACACCAACCCUUUCUUUCUUUCCUUUCUUACGCUCCUCAACUCCUGCCAGUCGGGAUUUCCUUUCACUCCCUUCCUUGACAGCUCUGCUCUACUCUGAACUGGUUUUCUAUUCCUUGCAACAAUGUUGUCUACCACAAUCCUUACUGGUCUUCUUGGGGCAAGCUUCGCCCUGGCGGCUCCCCUUCUUCCCCGUGUAACAAUCGAUAAAGCUGCAACUGCUGAGGCUCAGCAACGGGAUGACACUGCAACGCGCGCCAUCACCGCUUCUGAGAUCAAGACUUCAGACGGCCGUUGUCUCUCGGUGGACCCAGAAGGUGGUGAUUUUAGGCAGAACUUGAUUCCCAUUCAAGCGUUGCCCUGCAGUGGAAACGACAACCAGAAAUGGGACUUCAUCACCGCUGGUAAACAUAACAAUCAGCCAGGAAACGCGCUCAUUGUCAACUCGCAGACAAACGGAUGUCUGAACUUCGAUCCCCGCAGGGCUGCCGGAAACCAAGUCAUCCUCUUCUCAUGCGGAGGCAGGGCAGAUGGAGAGGGUGAAACUACCGACUCGCAGUUGUUCCCAUUUACCGGGAAUCCCACUGCAUUGGUCUUGACACCCAAGAACAGUCAAGGCAAGGUCUGCUUCACCGUCAAGGGAGAUCUUUUGGACCAAAGUGCAUGUGAUGCAAAGGCUCCAUCUCAGGAUCAGCUAUUCAACAUCGGCGACGCCAAUGGAGCUGCUCAAGGUGGUGAGAAAACUGAUCCACAACCCCCUGCCGAUUCUGACUCAGAAUCGACAUGCCCUCCCCCUACUACCGCCACUGUCACUGUCACCGUAUCCGCUACAGGAACCGACGAAACUACAUCGGCCGCUCAAGCUACCGACGAUGCCUUCACAACAUCGUCCACUCAGGCCGCCGCAUCGGCUACGCAGGCCACUCAAGGCACUGGAUCCACAACCAUUUCAGCAUCCAAACCCACAGGUACCGCAAAGCUUGACCAGAAAGCCACGGAAGAAGCACAACGCCGAGAUGAUACAGCAACCCGAGCUUUCACGAGCGUCCAAGUGAAGACUUCAGGUGGACAAUGCCUCAAUGUCGACCCUCUUGCAGGCGACUUCCGCCAAAAUCUUAUCCCCGUUACCGUCGGUGCCUGUGACGGUAGUGCAGGCCAGAAAUUUGAUGUGAUUACUGAAGGAAAACACAACAACGUUGAUGGCACUGCUCUUAUCGUCAGUUCGUUGACUAACGGAUGCCUCAACUUCGAUGAUCGUCGUGCACCUGGCAAUCAAGUGCUUCUAUUCUCCUGUGGUGGACGUGCGGACGGUGACGGCCAAGUCACCGACUCUCAGUUGUUCAAGUUCGACGGCGGUAACACAGCUUCCAUCGCUCUCUCCCCACAGAAUGCCAAAACAUCUUGCAUGAUCAACAAGAACGGCCUCCUCGAUAUCACACAGUGUGAUAAUACCCAAGAUCAGUUGUUCUCAUUUGUGGCUUGAAGACCAGAUAUAAUUAGAAGCUCGAUGCUUCCACUCGUUUUGCAAUGCUGUAUUUAUUUAUUUCAACCAUGAUUGACGUCACUCCCCAUUUUCUGAGUGAACUGGCAUGCGUAGAACUUCUGAUUUUUG